AUGGCUCCAACAGAUGAGAAGUUGCAACGUUACCGGUUGAUAGUCUCCUACAAUGGAACCCAGUAUCAAGGAUUUCAACGCCAGAAUUCAGGUGUCGUUGAAGCCAGGCCCAACAAGCGACAACGGUCAGAAAAGGGAAAGAAAACCAAGAAGACCAAGUCGACGAUACAGGAGACUAUCGAAGAUGCCCUUCAGCAUUUGAGCGGUCUCGACAGGCUGGCCUUGAAAGUGCGCUUUUCUAGUAGAACUGACUCGGGGGUCCAUGCUCGAGGACAGGUUCUCGCGGUCUCCCUUCCUCCGAGUCUUUGCCCAGAGUUCUGGCAGCUUCGAAAAUCCAUCAACAGUCGGUUGCCAAAGGACAUUUCAGUCGAUGAUGUUUGUGCCUGUUUAGAAACUUUUGAGCCUCGUGAACAUGUCUUGUGGAAGAGAUACUCGUACACUUUGAAAUAUCGACGGAAAGUUGUGAAGGAUGAUGGAGAGCUGCUUCCAAUCUGCACGAGUGGCCCAAACACAAUUCGAAACGGACUUGAUCCUACUGCGAUUUGGGUGGUACCAUGGGUCCUUGAUGAUUCCAAGUUGGAUGAGUACUGUGAGAAGUUGAUCGGAGAACACGAUUACUCAGUUUUCGUUCACAAGCACGCACGAAGAGAGAGGGAGAACGUUCUCACCGUGAACAGACUAUUUUGUACGACCCUAAAUGAGACGAAGGAAGAAGCACCAGUAGUCACAGUGCGACUCGAUGUGGAGGCUAAGGGUUUUAGACGAUCCAUGGUCAGGAAUCUAGUCGGCUUUCUUGUGGACAUAUGCAUGGGAUCUGUUGAUGAAACAAUAUUUGAGGAGGAACUUUGGUUAGGGAAAGAUGACACCGCAGCGAAACUGAACAUGGCGCCUGCUGUCGGUCUCUGUCUGGAAUAUGUUCAACAUGAUGAAACAAAGUGGAAAGAAGGGGCCAUGGAGGGUCACAAAGUCUUGACCCAACAACUCGCAAUGCUUCGGCUCGCAUACUGUAGGCAGGUUGGCCGACAACCCAGACUUCUAGAGUCGACAGUGUGCAGUGUUCAGACUCGAUGCUUUACACAUGGUGACAAAAGUAACAACUCUUCCCUCGUCGUCCCAACAAAAUUGCGCUUUGGCGACGAAGCCCCGCGAAUGCCACAUGCUUUGGCUCUUCCAGUAACAAAUCGACCUUUGUUUCCCGGAGUUGUCACUACUAUUACCUUGACAGAUCCCGCAACAAUCGACGCCCUGGAAGCCCUGCAGCAAGAUCAGCAAAAUUCUUAUGUCAGCGUUUUUCUGCGCAGGACGAAUCCUACUGGAGUUUCGGAGGGCGGAGUACUACUACCGUUGCCCGAAGUUAUUACGGACCCGUCCGAGCUUUACGACGUUGGUACAUUUGCACAACUUUCGCGUCUGACAAGGAAAUUACCUUCACCAGAUUUAGAUUCUGAAACCACAGAUGAAGAAAAGAGUGAUGAUUCUGCGACGGCUCUGCUGCUGGCUCAUCGCCGUGUGAAUCUCGUGAGUGUCGAUGAAAUAGGCCCACCUAUUGAUGUGACGAUUUCCCACUGGCCGCGACUUGAGUACACAGGAGCCGAUGAUACAAUCCGAGCAUUAUCCAAUGAACUUUUGAGCACCAUCCGUGAAGUGGCUCAGCUGAACGUCCUUUUCCGUGAAAAUGUGCAAUAUUUUUCCCAGAGAUUAGAUGCCAACGAUCCUUAUCGACUGGCAGACUUCGCUGCAAGUGUAUGCUCCACAGCAAAAGCAGAAGAUUUGCAGGCUCUGUUGGAAGAGAAAGAUCCGGAAAUGCGACUACAUCAAGCUCUUGUCCUCUUGAACAGAGAACGUGAAAUCUCCAAAUUGCAGCAAGAAAUAAGCCAAAAGGUGGAAGAGAAGAUGAGUGAAACACAGCGAAAGUAUUUUUUGAAUGAACAGCUAAAGUCCAUCAAGAAGGAAUUGGGAAUGGAGAAGGACGAUAAAGAAAGUGUCAUUGAGAAGUACCGCAAGCAGCUCGCUGAGUAUCCAGAAAUUCCUGAGGAAGUUAUGAGCGUAAUUGAAUCAGAGCUUGAAAAGCUCUCAUCUCUUGAAAUGAAUUCUUCGGAAUACAACGUAACCCGAAGUUACUUGGAUUGGUUGUGUGGUGUCCCUUGGGGUGUUUUGAGUGACGAGAACUUCGAUAUUAGUAGAGCACGAAAAAUUUUGGACCGUGAUCAUUAUGGUCUUGAGGAUGUGAAGGAUACCAUUCUUGAAUUCAUUGCAGUGGGAAAGCUGAAAGGUAGCGUACAAGGCAAAAUUCUGUGUCUCUCUGGCCCACCUGGAACUGGAAAAACCAGUAUUGCCAAAUCAGUGGCAGCUUCGUUGGGUCGGGAGUUUUAUAGAUUCUCGGUUGGCGGACUGGGUCAAGUUUCCGAAAUCAAAGGGCACCGCCGAACCUAUGUGGGUGCGAUGCCCGGAAAAAUGAUCCAAUGUCUCAAGACAACUGGAACGACCAACCCUGUGGUUCUAAUAGAUGAAAUCGACAAGCUUGGCCAUGGUUACCAAGGAGACCCAGCAAGUGCUUUACUAGAAGUAUUGGAUCCAAGCCAGAAUUCCAGUUUUACUGAUUUCUUCCUCGACAUUCCAGUUGACAUCAGCAAGAUAUUAUUCAUAUGCACAGCCAAUGAACUUGAGCGUAUUCCAGCGCCACUGCUCGAUCGAAUGGAAGUGAUUCGACUCUCUGGAUAUGAUUUUCCCGAGAAGGUUGCGAUCGCCGAACAAUAUCUCGUUCCCAAGUCGAUGAGAGAUAGCGGACUCAUGGAAGAGAAAACUCCAGCUGCUAGUGAAGCUGAAGCUGAAGGUGGUAGUGAAGAUACUGGUAGCUGUGACGAGGUACCAAAGAAACCUCUCGACUCCUUUCAACAUGUCGAAGGUGUUCCCGAAACAGUCGGCAUCGCACCUGAUGCAAUCGAUAAUAUUGUUCGAUGGUAUGCACGAGAAGCAGGUGUUCGAAACUUGUCAAAGUACAUCGACAAAAUUACUCGUAAGCUGGCCCUCCAGGUGGUGGCGGAAAAGGAAGGAACCCAAUUGAGCAAAAAGAGUUCAAAAAAAGGCAAUGGUUGGAUGGUAUCUGAGGAAAAUCUCCAUGAUUACAUUGGAAAACCCAUCUUCACCAGUGAUCGCUUAUAUGAUAAAGACCCGCUCCCUCACGGCAUUGUCAUGGGACUAGCCUAUACUUCAAUGGGGGGAAGUGCACUGUAUAUUGAAACUCAAGGCAUACAACGUGGUAUGAACGAUGAUGGUAAACCAAUUCGUGGGGGAUCUCUCAAGGCAACGGGCACUCUAGGGGAUGUUAUGAAGGAGAGUUCUCAGAUUGCUUAUACUGUCGCUCGUGCUCGUUUGGCAAUGUUAGACAGCUCGAAUAACUACUUUGACAACAUGGACAUCCAUAUGCACGUCCCCGAGGGCGCUACACCGAAGGAUGGCCCUUCCGCAGGAAUUACAAUGGUAACAUCCAUGCUCUCGUUGGCUCUUGGUAAACCUAUUAGAAACGACCUCGCAAUGACAGGGGAAGUAAGUCUAACAGGUAAGGUCCUUCCGGUUGGUGGGAUCAAGGAAAAGAUCAUUGGUGGGAGACGAGCAGGAAUCAAGAAAAUCAUUCUACCUGGAGCAAACAAAAGAGACUACGAAGAAAUUCCUGACUACCUCAAGGAAGGUUUGGAAGUGUGCUUUGCGGACGAGUAUGAACAGGUUUACGAACAGGUUUUUGGAUCUUCAUGA